ACACGAGGAGGAGGAGAAGAAGAAGAAGAAGGAGGGCAAGAGGAAAGUGUCAGGGAGGCCUCGGGAGACUCAGAGGAGCGAGAGAGCAAGAGGAUGAAGGAGAAACAGAGAAGAGGAGAGGGACCCAAACGUCACCACUGUCAACACUGUGACAAAUCCUUCACAACAUCUGGAACUUUAAAGAUUCAUCAGAGAGUUCACACUGGAGAGAAUCUACACAGCUGUGAUCAAUGUGGAGCAGCUUUCACACUGAAGAGAACCCUAUUAAUACAUCAACGCAGUCACACUGGAGAGAAGCCCUACAGCUGUGAUCAAUGUGGUAAAACCUUUACUGAUAGUAGUGGCCUUAAAUCUCACCAGCUUGUUCACACCGGAGAGAAGCCAUACUGGUGUGAAUACUGUGGGAAAAUGUUUUCUCGAAGUAAUGCCCUUAAAAUACAUCAACGCAUUCACACUGGAGAGAAGCCGUACAGCUGUGAUAUAUGUGGUAAAACCUUUUCUGAGAGCAGUGGCCUUAAAUCUCACCGACGUGUUCACACUGGAGAAAAGCCGUACUCGUGUAAACAAUGUGGGAAAACGUAUGUUGUGAGUAGCAGCCUUAAAUAUCACCAACGUGUCACACUGUGGAGAAACCAUACCGCUGUAACCUUAAACGACACCAGUGCCUUCACACUGGAGAGAAUCCGAAAUAGUCUGAACAGAAUCCAGGUUUCUGCUGCCUUGCCCUACCCAGCUGGAGGACCGCUCCACAUGCUGCAGCCAGGAGAUUUCGUGGUCGUGAGAAACUUCAGGAGGAAGAACUGGCAGUCCAAACACUGGCAAGGUCUCUCCCAGGUUCUUCUGGUCACCCACAGCAGUGAAGGUUGCUGA